AUGCCGCCCAUUCAACAGCACAUCCUGAAUUGGCUGUACAGUGUUCUUACCAGCGAAUACCACGAUGUGAACCGCACCUAUGGCGAUGUGGCCCAAGCCUUGUCACAGUAUCCAUCGCUAUCUCCUCGGACCGACGUUCACACCUUUGACAAUGGUACAUCUGCACUUCUGCUGCACAUCACAGGAACCCUGCCCGUAAUUUUUCGAGGCACCACCUACCGCUUUCCUCUGUCUAUACGCGUGCCCUAUGCCUAUCCUCGGGAGGCACCUCUCAUAUACGUGACGCCCACCGAGCAUAUGGUGGUAAGGCCCGGACAGCAUGUCGACCCCCAGGGUCAGGUAUACCAUCCGUAUCUGGCUGGCUGGUCCACGUUUUGGGAUAAAUCGACACUCGUUGACUUCCUCACCAUUCUGCGCGAUGUCUUCGCCAAAGAGCCGCCUGUGAUAGCACGGCAGCCCUCACAUCCCGUACCACCUAGCCAACAGACUCAACCACUACAGAGGUUGACAGACCAUUCUGUUCCGGCAAAACCGAACGCAACGCCUCAACCCGACCUGCUAGAUGAGCCUCUGACCCUCAGCAUACCCUUGCCAUCCAGCCUACCGGCACCUCCAAUCCCCCCGAACCCCGAAAAGGACGCACUACUCCGCCAACUUGCGCAGACGCUUUACUCUCUGCGGCAGCAAAGUCGUCAACAGAAUGAAUCUAGUAUGGCUGGCCUCCAGGCUCAACGUAAGGCCAUGAUGUCGGCGUCUUCGAUUCUGCAGUCUGAGAUCAGCGCCUUGGAUCAAACUUCGGCCUUGCUUUCUUCCAAUGCCAGCAUAUUGCGCGAUGCGCUAAGAAAGGCAGAUAUUGUUGUCGAAGGGUCACGCCAGCAGACGACCCCAGAUAUAGAUGAGCUAUUGGUUGCGCCGACCGUGGUCUCGAAUCAACUCUACGCCCUUGUGGCGGAAGAGCGUGCCAUGGGUGAUGCUAUCUUCAUCCUAGGCCGCGCUGUUGAACGGGGACGAAUAUCCCCCGUUGUUUUCGCCAAGACAACCCGUUCACUGGCACGAGAAUGGUACCUCAAGAAGGCUUUAGUGCGGAAGAUUGGGCGCGGAAUGGGUCUAGUUGGAAAGCGCCAGACCGGAAACACCGCUGAAAGGAACGACUAG